CGCUCUGUUGAUUCUCUCCGAAACAGGGGUGGCGUCGCGGCAUGCGAAGUUUUCCGCUGGCUCGACGGAAAGGACGCCGGCUCCGUGCUUUAUGUUUGUUUUGGGAGCCUCGCACGUUUCACGGCGGCGCAGUUACGGGAGAUGAGGGCGGGGUUGGAAGCAGCCGGCCGGUCUUUUAUUUGGGUGGUGACGGAUGAUCCCGCGACGGAGAGAUCAGUUCCGGCCACCGGAGAACAAGAAGGAUCAGUUGGAUUCGUGAUAAAGGGAUGGGCGCCGCAGCUUGCGAUACUAGAGCAUGAGGCGGUGGGAGGAUUU